GGGUGAAAUAACGCCCAAUAAAGAUAGUCCUAUCUCAUGUUUCAAAGAAAAAAAAGUCAUAUUUGUUUAACAAGGUGAGUGCCCCGACACUACCAGCCACAUCCUAGGGCAAAGAAGAUGAACCCAAGAACCAAAAAUAAACGAAGGAGCCACUCAUCAUCUCCUACAAGAAACCACCGCACCACCACCACCUCAUCUGGACCGGCACCAAUAUCCACUCCCUCCGCCACACUUGUCGACACCCAAUUCGUCACUGAAGACGACGAACUUACUUACUUCCGCGACCUUACUAUCUCUCCAUCUGACAAAUUCUCAAACCCCAGAAGCUUCCCCUACGCUGUUAAGCAACAGUGCUGGGAGAAAGCUGAGAAGAUCAAAGGACGUGACCCUGACCGCUGGCGUCGAGACCCACUCGGCAACACCAUUUUCCGUAAGCUCGUUGGAUGUCCUGGUUGUCUUUGCCAUGAUUACGACCACAUUGUUCCUUACUCUAAGGGCGGGCAAAGCACACUGGAAAAUUGUCAGGUUUUACAGGCGACAGUUAAUCGAUCAAAAGGGAACCGUACUGAGAUGUCUCGAGCUGAUCUUAUUCAGAAAAGCUCCUACUGCAGAGUUUCAGGGCGUGACAUGGAUCUUCUUGAAUUGGCGGCCUAUGGCAAUGUUCGCAGAGGACAAGAUUCUGGUGGAUGUACCAUGCAAUGAUCAGAUCAGAUGUCAAAGUAUGUUACAGUUAUGUUUAGUUGUUAUAUGUUUAUCGUAUCUGUAUCGGUAGCAAGACCGUAUUAGGUUUUGUUCCACUAUUUUUUCCUCAUCAAACCUACAACUUGAGUCAACAAAGGUGUUAUACUUUCUUGACACUUUUCUA